AUGGACAAAUUUCUAGUUCGAAGACCCGCAAAAAGAUCAAAGGACGAAGUCAAUUCAGAAGAGGAAAGAGAGAAUAACGUUAAAACGCGAUUGCCGAAGAAAGUAAAACUUGAAAAGAAGAUGCCAGUCAAAAAAGCAACCUCACGUAAGGGAAAACAGGCUUCAAAAACUUCAAAGGAUGACAAGAAGGAAGAAGUCGAUAAAAAAGUACUUGAAGAAGUUUCGAAAGAGGAUGAAGCUGAGGAAAGCGAAAAAGACACGAUAAAUGAAGUGGCCGCUAAAAUUGCAAGUGGGAACGUGUCGAAGACUAAUAAAUUUGCCAAUUGGACAAAAGGCGAACCUGUCCCUUUUACCACGUUAUGUAAAACAUUUGAAGCAAUUGAAAAAGAAACAAAACGAUUGAUUAUACAGGAAUAUUUGACAGCAUUUCUAACAAAAGUGAUUGAAUUAACUCCUGAAAAUUUACUGCAGGCCUUAUAUUUAUGCCUGAAUCGCAUCUGUCCAGAAUAUGAAAAUUUGGAAUUAGGAGUUGGUGAAGGUAUUUUGGUGAAGGCGAUUGCGGAAUCUACGGGAAGAAAUUCUACUUCUAUUAAGAAAGAUAUGAGAGCAUUGGGAGAUUUAGGAUCGGUUGCAAAGGCUAGUAAGCAAUCUCAAUCUACGUUAUGGACGCCAAAAUCUUUAACCAUCCCUAGUGUUUUCAAUAGAAUGAAAACAAUCGCUACGACUAAUGGGCAAGAAUCGCAAGCCAGAAAACUUGGUGAGAUCAAAGGACUUCUUUCUGCGUGCACCACCGGAGAAGAGGCCAAAUUUUUGAUCAGGUCAUUAGAAGGAAAACUUCGCAUUGGUUUAGCCGAACAAACGGUUUUGAUCAGCCUCGCUCAAGCUAUUGUAUUGAAGGAUCCUCAGUAUCAAAAAUUAUCAAAAUCUGCUAAAGCGUCUGAACUUGCAGAAGCCCCAAAUAUUCUAAAGGCAGUUUAUAGCGAGGUACCAUCGUAUGAUAUUAUCGUCCCUAAAUUGUUGGAAUUUGGCGUGAAGGGAUUAAGGAAACAUUGUAAAUUGACACCAGGGAUACCCGUAAAACCAAUGUUGGCACAUCCAACAAAAAGCAUCACCGAAGUUCUAGAUCGUCUUGAAGGUCACAAAUUCACGUGCGAAUUUAAAUAUGAUGGGGAAAGAGGACAGAUUCACAGGCUUGAGAAUGGCACAGUAAAAAUUUAUAGCCGUAAUCUAGAAGAUAAUUCACAAAAAUUUCCAGAUAUUCUUGAAAAGAUUCCAAAAGUUCUCAAACCAAAUACCAAGUCCUUUGUAAUUGAUUGUGAAGUGGUAGCAUGGGAUAAUGAAAAUCAUUGUAUUCGUCCUUUCCAGGUUCUAAGUACUCGAAAAAGGAAAGAUGUAAAGGAAGAAGAUAUCACAGUCUCAGUUUGCAUAUUUGCAUUUGAUAUUUUAUAUUUAAAUGGAGAGUCCUUAUUGCAAAAACCAUUUUCGGAACGCAGGCAAAGUUUGUACGAUGCAUUUCAACCUUUACGGGGAGAAUUCGCUUUUGCGCAUCACAUGGACGCUGCGAAUAUCGAAGAAAUUCAGACAUUCUUGGAUGAAAGUGUCAAAGACAACUGUGAAGGAUUAAUGGUGAAAAUAAGCGAAGGCCCGGAAUCCACAUAUGAGCCUUCGAAAAGGUCAAGAAAUUGGUUGAAGCUCAAAAAAGACUACUUGACCGGUGUUGGCGACUCCUUAGAUUUGGUUGUGAUCGGAGCUUAUCUUGGACGUGGCAAACGGACAAAUUUAUACGGUGCAUUUCUUCUGGCGUGUUACGAUCCCGAUAAUGAAGAGUAUCAAACAAUAUGCAAGAUAGGAACCGGUUUCUCUGAUGCAGUCCUCGAAGAACACUACAAGUUCUUGAAACAGCAUGAAAUCGAAGCACCAAAGUCUUAUUACAAUUACGAUAAGAAUACCAAUCCGGAUGUAUGGUUUGAACCUUGCCAGGUUUGGGAAGUUCUCACCGCAGAUUUGAGCAUUUCUCCUGUUUAUAAGGCUGCUGUCGGUGUGAGUGAUCCCACUAAAGGAGUAUCUCUACGUUUCCCUCGCUUUAUAAAAGUACGAGAUGAUAAAACGCCUGAAGAUGCUACCACUAGUGAACAGAUUGCAGAAAUGUACAAGGGUCAGCGACAGUUCCAAGAAAGAGAAUAA